AUGAUUAAACUAAAAGAUAAUACAGUUCAAGUAGUAUUUAUUUCUUUAUUGUUGGAUCUUUUGGCAUUUACUAUGAUAUUACCGCUGUUACCAGCUUUGUUAGAUUAUUAUAAAGAAAUAGAAGAUGAUCAAGGCAUAUAUUUUAAAAUCUUGUAUUAUAUACAAAGUGCAAGAAAAUUUUUUGAUGCUCCUGAUAAGGUUAAUAAUGUGCUUUAUGGAGGUUUUCUUGGUUCUAUGUAUUCUUUUCUACAAUUUUUGAGUUCUCCCAUAUUAGGAGCGUUAUCAGAUAUAUAUGGAAGAAAACCAUUGAUGAUAUUUUGUUCAAUAGGAAUUGCACUAUCUUACCUUUUAUGGGCACUUUCUUAUAAUUUUACUAUAUUUGUAUUAGCAAGAUUUAUUGGCGGUAUUAGUAAAGGAAAUAUUAGUUUAUCAAUGGCUAUUAUAAGUGAUGUUACUACUUUAAAAACAAGGGGAAAAGCGAUGGCAUUAGUUGGCAUAGCUUUUUCUAUUGGCUUUGUAGUAGGUCCAAUGAUAGGAGCAAUUUUUGCAUGGACUUUUAAUGAUAAUAAGAAAGGGUCUUUGCAUAUAAUACCUGCUCUAUUUGCUCUUUUUUUAGCAACAAGUGAUUUGUGUUUCAUUGUUUGCUAUUUAAAAGAAUCUUUACCAUUGAAGUAUAGAACUAAUAGUCUUAUGUCUGGUUUAUCUGGAAUUCUUAUCUACAUUAAUCCUAUAGACUUGUUCCAAUUUAAUGGAGUAUCUGGUCUAAAUUUACAAGAGAAAAGAAAUUUAAAAACACUGGGUUGCGUAUAUUUCAUGUAUUUGUUCGUGUACAGUGGCUUGGAAUUUACCUUAACUUUCUUAACUCAUUAUUUAUUUAAAUUUACAAGCAUGCAACAAGGAUGGAUGUUUUUGGGAAUUGGAUUGGUUAUGGCAAUUCUGCAAGGAAGUUGGGUACGAAUAAUUCCAUCCAAUAAAACAAAAUCUGUUGCAGGAUUGGGUUUAUGGUUGACCAUUCCAGCAUUUAUUUGUGUAGGUUUAGCAGAUGAUAUAUUUACAUUAUCAAUUGGAUUAUUUCUGUUUGCAAUUUCUACAGCCAUGGUUGUUACUUGUAUGAUGACUCUUGUGACACGUGUUGGACCUAAUCAUCAGAAAGGUACUAUUACAGGUGUCUUUCGUUCUCUUGGAGCAUUAGCUCGAGCUUGUGGACCUAUUGUAGCAUCCUCAGCAUUUUGGUGUAUUGGCAGUAAGGCAACAUAUCUUGUUGGUGCUGCAUUUCUUGUAUUUCCACCUGUUAUUCUUCAAACGAUAAAGUCAUUUUAAGAUAAAGGUAUUUA